GUUCUGUGCCCUUCUCCCUUUCUCCACAAAGGCGAGGAUGAUGAAGCGAACACUUUCGCAAGGCUCUUAUCUGCAUUUACUCCGCCCUUCGGAGUUGGGCAAGAAGCGGGGAGAAAGAAGCAUAUAUAGAUCUCUCUCUCUCUCUCUCUCUCUCUCUCUCUCGCUGAUGCCGACUUGGGUACCUCAUGAGAGAGUGAGUCCCUUUCUCUGGCGGCUCUUCGCAUCCUCUGGAGGAGCGCGUCCCUCUCCCCGUCGGGAGCCGGCUUGAGCCCCACGAAAUGGCAAACAGGCCAGACUACGCCAAGGAACAGCUGAAGCGCUGGCAAGAGGAGCACCAAUCGCAGGAACCAGAUGCUGUGACCAUGGGAGCUGGAAUCCCCGUGGGAGACAAGCUGAAUGUCCUGACUGUGGGUCCACGAGGUCCUCUCUUGGUUCAGGAUGCGGUUUUCAUUGAUGAGAUGGCACAUUUUGACCGAGAGAGGAUUCCUGAAAGAGUUGUUCAUGCCAAAGGAGCAGGUGCUUUUGGCUAUUUUGAAGUGACUCAUGAUAUCACCCAGUAUUGCAAAGCAAAGGUAUUUGAGCAUAUUGGUAAAAGAACUCCCAUCGCUAUUCGAUUUUCUGUUGUUGCUGGUGAAUCGGGUUCAGCUGACACAGUUCGUGAUCCUCGAGGCUUUGCAAUGAAAUUCUACACAGAAGAGGGCAACUGGGACCUUGUAGGGAACAACACUCCCAUCUUCUUUAUUAGAGAUGCCAUACUGUUUCCAUCCUUUAUCCAUACUCAAAAAAGGAAUCCACAGACCCAUCUGAAAGAUCCAGAUAUGGUAUGGGACUUUUGGAGUCUUCUUCCUGAGUCUCUGCACCAGGUAUCAUUUCUGUUCAGUGAUCGUGGUAUUCCAGAUGGAUUUCGCCACAUGCAUGGCUUUGGAUCACAUACUUUCAAGCUAGUGAAUGCUAAUGGAGAAGCAGUGUACUGCAAAUUUCAUUCAAAGACUGACCAGGGAAUCAAAAAUCUUACUGUUGAAGAAGCAGAAAAGCUGGUUGCUAAAGAUCCUGACUAUGCUCUGCGUGAUCUCUACAAUGCUAUCGCGAAAGGAGAUUAUCCAUCAUGGAGUUUCUAUAUUCAGGUCAUGACAUUUGAACAAGCUGAGAAUUUUCCCUUUAAUCCUUUUGAUGUAACUAAGGUUUGGCCUCAUGGGGAUUAUCCUCUCAUUCCUGUGGGAAAGAUGGUCUUAAACAGGAAUCCUGUCAACUAUUUUGCUGAGGUGGAACAGCUUGCCUUUGACCCAAGCAACAUGAUCCCGGGAAUUGAACCUAGUCCUGAUAAAAUGUUACAGGGACGUCUCUUUUCCUACCAAGACACACACAGACACCGCCUGGGACCCAAUUAUCUGCAGAUUCCUGUAAAUUGCCCAUACAAAACUCAAGUGGCCAAUUACCAGAGAGAUGGAUUAAUGUGCAUAUCUGGCAACCAAGGUGGUGCUCCAAACUAUUAUCCAAACAGUUUUAGUGGCCCCGUGGACCAUCCCAAUUUGAAGAAAUCUCAUGAAUAUAUUUCAGGUGAUGUACAGCGCUUCAAUAGUGCUAAUGAGGAUAAUGUGUCUCAGGUACAAGACUUCUAUACCAAAGUAUUGACAGAGGAAGAGCGUAAGAGACUCUGUGAGAAUAUUGCUGGCCAUCUUAAGGAUGCUCAGCUUUUUAUUCAAAAGAGAGCUGUGAAGAACUUUACUGAUGUCCAUCCUGAGUAUGGCAUGUGCAUUCAAUCUCACUUGGACAAAUACAAUGCUAAAGGCACCAACAAGGGUUCUGUAAACAUCUAAACAAGUUUCAUGACAGACUGAAAAGAACUAAUCUCUAAUUGACAUGAUCUUGGAUUACCAUUUCUGCUGAUCAGAUAUAAUCUCAUGAAAUUAAUGGCGGUCCAACUGGUCAAAUGCUUCCCUGUUUUCUUGAAUAAUCUUUUAAUAUCAAGGAGAAACAUUUAAUUUUGUAUUUGUGAUAAAAAAAAUCCAAAUGAUAACCAUAUAAACUGAGGGCCCUUCCAAGCAGCCAUAUAACCCAGAAUAUUAACACAGAAAGUCCCACAAUAUCUGGUUUGAACUGGGGGCAGUUCUGCACAUGACUUUAACCCAGGCCCAAUUGGGUUUCUUAAAUCUGAUUGAACAUGGGUUACAGUCCACAUACUUUCCCCAACAUGCACUUUUCUUUGGGGAGGUGUAUCCAGAUGCCCUAUCGGACCUUUCCAGAACAUAAAACAAAAACCUCAAGAAAAGCCUUAAAAUGCAAACUUUUAUUCUGGUGCGUCAUUUUUAUGUGCAAGGAGAGCUCCAGAGAAGGGGGAAUGGUGGCCAAGUAAGUUAUUUUUGAGUUGUAAGCCUUUUUAAAGAGGUUUUGGGAGGGGGUGGGGGCAGUCUCAUUUUUUUUUUGGGCUCCAGGAGCUCAAAAAACCUGAGACAGCUGUGUGGAUUGGUUCGGAAGUUGCGCAAUGCGAUCCCCGCAGCCAAUCCACACGGCGCACACACCUGGAAAGACCUGAAUCAUCUGAAAGACCUGUGUCUUUCCAGGUGUCAAAUUAUUUUGGGAUAAAGUAGUUUUUUCUGCUUUGUCCUGAAUUAAUUCAUUUUUAUCUAAGGCUAUUUGACCUUGUUUGGUUAAAACAAGGGUAAAACAUGGGUGCUCACACAUUUUAGACACUGUCUGAAUGCACCCUUGGUUAUCUGAGUACAUAUUGCCAUAUAUUCCAAUCAAAAGCAGAAAAUGUCUGAUUUUAUUCCACUGGGUGGAAGGAGCCUAAAGCAAUUAAUUUCUAAAUGUUUUAGGGAGGACUAUACUAUAGAUUGUUAGAUUGUAUGGGUCCUAAAAUUUAUUUUUGUUGAUUUAUAACAGUGUAUUUGAGACAUUAGCUUGAAAAAAAUCUGGAUUAUAAUUACAAUACUUAAUCAAAAAUAAAAGUAUUAUA